AUGGAGAAGAAUCAAUUGAUAGGUUUUUUCAAGCUGAUGCAAGGACAGUUGGCUGCCAUGGCAGCAGGAACUGAUUUUUCUGGUGGUCAUGAUAAUGGGAAUGAUGAAGAGGAAGGAGAGAAGGGGGAAAUUUUGGAGGAGGAUUUGGAAAGGCUGUUUGUUGAGUUUUUUUCGAAAAUGCAGUUGCCUCCAAAAUUAAAUCAUUAUGAUCAAGAGGAAACAGGAGUUAGUAAAGAUUUUCUCAAGACUAAAGAUGGAAAUAGAUCGCAUUCCCCUCUACCUAUCAUCCACUAUUUUAGUUUCACUCCUUGCGCUGCUGCCUUCUUCUAUACUACUGAUCCAGAACAAAAUGUAGCUUUGACUUACCCUGUUUGUGGUCAAGUAGAACUUUCAAAGGCUUUUAGCCCUCUUGCUGCUCUCAGAGAUUGCCUUUAUGUUUCAUCAAUGCCAGUUACUGCUUUGCUUAUGGACAAGCUAGAGGCUGGUGCUGGAUCCAUCCUUUACAAUUCCACCACCAUCAGCCUCUCCAUCAGAUCUUGUAUAAAAGCUUCAACUUUUGGAGCUUCAGAGAUGAUAAAGGGAAAAUUGCCAGGGGGAUAG